CGUGAUACCCUUAUCGACUUGGAUCAUGACAUCGUCAUUUCUCCGCUCGACUUCCGUUGGCUUUCCACGCUGCGUUUUCACUGGUCCGAUAGUCCACUUGCAGGCUCAUUGAAACAGCUGCUUCAACACGAGUACAACCUGGAAUAUUCGAAGUUGCUCAGGCGAAAGAGGAAUUCGGACAAAGAGUCUGCUUACAUGAAAUGCGAAACUACAUCUCAACCACAUUCCAUGAUUUUGCAAGAGCCCCAAGAAGAAUCAAAGAGAGAAGAAAGCACCGAUAAUACAUCUGAUGAAGAGGAGACAAAGGACGAAGAUAAAGUAGAGGAAGAAGCGAAAGCCAAAAUAAUUGCAGGAGAAGAUAGUGGCGAGGAAAUCGAACAAGCAGUGAAUACUGUAGACAUCACUUCCUCGGUCAGAAUUACUUCAAAUAGUAUAGAGCAAAACGGAAUCACUAGACGCGAAAUCGGGCCGGGUCCAGACAUUUCGACGAGACGAGUUUUAAGCCUAGGCCAGUUGCCGACGGCCCCUCUUCUUGAAGAGGAUCAGGGGGCAACUGAUCUUGUCUCCCGACUCGAUUGCUUGUCGCUUCGGAUGUUACUCGCUCAAGUCGACUAUGGCUUUGAGUACCUUGGAACGUCUAGCCGACUUGCCAUCACCCCACUUACAGAGAGAUGCUACCUGUGCAAUUUGCUCAAAUGA